AGAGAGGCUGGAGCCAGAGAGAAAGUGAAAACAGCGACGGGGCUUGCAGAGCUGUGGGUGCGCCGAGCCGUCGAUGACUCCUGGUGUCCUGCCCAAUCCCCUCCGCAGCCGCUCGCUGGAGCCCCUUUGGCGUGAGCAGCUGCGCGGAGUGAGGCUGCGCUGAAAUGCCGAAUGGCUGAGCCGCUAGCUCUGCUCAUUCCGGUGGGAGCCGCAGACAGACAUAGGCAGGGACGGAGCAACAGGGAGACCCCUCCCUGGCAAGAGAGCGGCCCCCUGCACACAGCGCCAUGGUGUCAUGGAUCAUCUCCAGGCUAGUUGUGAUUAUAUUUGGCACUCUUUACCCUGCGUAUUAUUCUUACAAAGCUGUAAAAUCAAAGGAUAUUAAAGAAUAUGUCAAAUGGAUGAUGUACUGGAUCAUAUUUGCACUCUUCACAACAGCCGAGACUGUCACAGAUCUCUUUCUUUGCUGGUUUCCAUUCUAUUAUGAACUGAAAAUAGCUUUUGUAGCUUGGUUGCUGUCUCCGUACACAAAAGGCUCCAGCGUCCUGUAUAGAAAAUUUGUACACCCAACACUGUCUUCAAAAGAAAAGGAAAUUGAUGACUGCCUCGUCCAAGCCAAGGAUCGGAGUUACGAUGCGCUGGUGCACUUUGGGAAGCGGGGACUGAAUGUCGCAGCAACGGCAGCUGUGAUGGCAGCUUCCAAGGGUCAAGGGGCCCUGUCUGAGAGACUCAGGAGCUUUAGCAUGCAGGACCUCUCAACCAUUCGAGAAGAGAGCAGCAGUCCUGUACCUCCUCCAGUCACUGUACGAACAAGCAGCAAACAGAGCAAGCCCAAAACAUCCAGAAGUGCAUCAGAAAGCACGGGCAGCUCAGUUUGCUCAUGUUGUUCGGUGUGCCGAAUCCUCAGAGUGGUUAAGGUAGACAUGGAUGAUGCGUGUGAAAAGCCUCGUGAGACAAACUGUGAAACAAAAGAUUUAGUGUUCUCAGAUGAUGAAGAGCAUGAUUUAUUGGAUCACAUGGUCAAGAACAGACGGCUCAAAAAGAAGGAGCAAGCUCUUGAGGCACCGCCUAGGCCCCUUAGACCUCGCUUCAGGAAGAAAAGUACCUCAGUCUCUACCACUGAAACCAUGUGAGUGCGAUGAGCCAAUAGCACCAAGAUCCACAGAAUCUCUCUCUUCUGCCUUAAAGAGCUACUUGCUAAUUAUGUAGAAAAACAGCAGUGAGAUGGAUGUGAUUUGAUGUGCAGCACUGCAAACAUGGACUUUCUCUCUUCCCUUGUUACAUGUUACUUGCAUUUCUCCAUAACAUGGUUAGAACACUUACAGGUGGUAACAGUGUCAGAGUCCCCCUGUUUCAUUUGCAGAAUAUACAACCACUCAAGCUAACCCUGUCAGAUUGUACACUUGCAAUUAUUAGUUGCGUCUGCAUAGUUUUAGCUUGUGAAUGCAAACAAAAAAAAUACUCAAUAGCUCUCAGUGAUACUUUGACUAAUGUAGCUAUUUAUGGCUUUAUCCUUAACGAAGUGGACUUGCAGGAGCCAUAGAUUUUUCUCCCUACCCUUCCUCCAUCUUAUAACAAGACUGUGACUGAUGUGAGAUAUUUUGCAUUUUCGACUGUACAGAAUGUCUGAGACUUAUUAGCAAAAGUUGAGCUGCAACUCCAUUUCUUUUUCUGCAAGUAAAUUAUGUGAACUCCAGUCGUGCUGAAAAUAUAGAGAAAACAACUUAGAGAUGAUGAGACAGAUGUACAAGAGAAUGAACUGAUUUCACAAAAUAAAGUAGGGGAGUCUUAAUUUUGAUAACUCCUGAGCCAGAAGAAGAGUAAGUGAUAUAUUUUGUAGAAAAUGAAAGAAUUAACCUUAUAACUUUUGACCAACAUUUUACUGGCAGUUCUACAAUAUAUGCAAGCCAUGUUUGUAAUAACUGCUACAGUGUU